AUGUCGGCCCCGCAGAAGACUAUCUUCGACUAUGAUGCAGAGCUCAUCAAUCUACGUAUGAUGGCGAUCUUCCUCUUUCUCCUCAGUACCUCGCUUGGCGUCACCUUCGGCUCUAUUGUCGGCGUCUCCUCCUUCGAACACCAUCACCGUAUCCCAAUGGCCCUUUUCAUAGCCAUAAGCACUUCUCUAGCCAUUCUGCUCUCGCUGAUUGCACUCCUGCGAUGGUGGUACUACUCUGGAGAACGCUUUCCCCCGAAAUAUGAACUGUACAUCCACAACUACCCGAUUGGGAUGGUUCGUGGCUCGACGGAGUGGCGCAAGUUCAUGCUCGGUUACGACUCCUCCAUGAGCUUCAACCGAAAGAUCGGUAUCUGGAUCACAUGGCUCGUGUACCAUUUGGUUCGUGUCGCAGACAAGAUCUUCGGUCACGGCCUGCCUCCUUCUUCCUAUGUCGAGGCAGCACGAGUGGAAGAAGGUGGCGUUGAGAUGGAGGUGGAGGUUCUUGGCGGUUCUCGAUCUAGAAGAAUGGCAUUGCGGGGUGACGAGAAGGGUGAGAGCUUUAAUUCUGCGACGAGCGUUGAGAAUGGACACCGCUACUCCGAAGACCCUGCCAGACCUUCCAUGACCUACGACGAAUCCUACGGCUUGGAACCUCUGCUGCACAAGGAAAUGGAUCACAUCAGCAACCGACCUCCGACCAGAACUACAGAGCAUCGGAACAUGCGCCAAUUCCUCCUCGCGGUAUUUCGACGCCCCCUCAAGCACCGCGAUCUCACCAACAUGGCCAUCACGGCAGGGAAUCGAAAAGAAAGCAACAAGUCGGACGACAGCCGGGAACUUCUGAGCGUGGAAGCUCUUUGCCCAAGAGAAGCCGCAAGGAUGUGA